UUAAACCAUCAACGACGAACAACAUGGAUUUCGAUUCAGUGUUACCAGAUAUUGGAGGUUUUGGGCUGUAUCAAAAAAUUGUGAUAUGUAUAUUUCUUCUACCUGCGGUUGUACCAUGUGCUUUCCAUGCGUACAGUCAACUUUUUAUUGCAGCUAAACCGGCCCACUGGUGCAAAGUUCCAGAGUUCGAAGGAUUACAAACGUGGUAUUUAGCAACUGCAAAAAACCUGAGCAUACCUUUCGAAACUAGGGCUGGCUUUCUGCAAUCUGCUGGAUGCUCAAUGUAUGACCGAAACUACACUUACAUUUUGGAUAUUCUCAAUGGCAUGGAAAACAGUUCAUUGCUGCUGCAACAACUAUCUUCACAUACUAAUAUUACCAGUUGUAAGCAUGGGUGGAAAUACGAUAAAAUGAUAUUUGAAUCUACUGUAGUAACCGAGUGGAACUUAGUUUGUGAAAAGAAUUUUUUUUCCACAACUGCUCUCAGCAUAUUUGGCGCGGCUGGGCUUAUUGGAAAUUUCAUAUUUGGAUACAUGCAAGACUAUUGGGGACGAAAACCAUCGUUUUUCAUCUAUUUAUUUAUUGAAAUUGUGGCAUGUGCUUCAGGAGCAAUAACCGAAAACUAUCUACAAUGGUUGUGCACGAGAUUUUUUGUGGGGAUCACUGUACCAGCUAUUCUUUCCAGCCCGUACGUAUUGGCUAUCGAACUUGUGGAACCUUCGAAACGAGAAUUUUGCACAAUAGUAUCAAAUAUUGCAUAUUCGGUAGGUUUAAUAAUGCUUGCUGGAGUUGUUUACAUGGUACGUGAUUGGAGGAUGUUAUCACUAGUUAUAUCACUACCAUUCUUGUUAUUAUUUGUAUUUUAUUGCUGUAUUCCCGAAUCACCACGAUGGCUAAUUGCAAGGAACAAGUUUCAGGAGGCGGCGAAAGUCAUGACUACAAUAGCAAGGUUUAAUAAAAAAUAUGUUCCGGCAAAUUACUGUACCGUCCUGCAAAUGAAAUUUUGUACAUCUAAGGAAAUACAGCAUCAUGAUGAGUAUGAUUAUGGAAUGAAAGACUUGUUCACUGGAAAACAAAUGACACGCAAAACGAUUAUAAUUACGUUUAUUUGGUUCACGAAUACUAGUGUUUACGUCGGUCUAAGCUAUUAUGCACCAGCACUCGGUGGUGAUGAAAUCUUCAAUUUUUUUUUAGCGGGACUUGUGGAACUUCCCACGUAUAUCGUGCUAUGGCCUAGUUUACAUUACUUUGGACGACGAUGGAUACUAUGUGCGUCUAUGAUGAUAGGCGGAUUUGCUUGCCUAUUUACGUUUAUAACUCAGCGAAAUCAAACCAUAACUUUGGUACUUUACUGUAUCGGUAAAAUGGGUAUUUCGUCCGCAUUCGUCAUUCUACCACUUACAGCGUCCGAAUUAUAUCCCACGGUGGUGCGCGGUCUAGGAAUGAGCUUCAGUGCUGUUAUAGGAAUGGUCGGACCGAUUAUAAUACCGUUAAUCAACUACACGGGAAGCGAGCUAACCGUGUUUCCGCUCAUCGUUAUGGGUAUCUUAUUGCUCAGCGGAGGAUAUGCUAGUUUGUUCCUACCGGAAACAAAAGAUGUUAGUCUGCCUCAAACUUUGGCCGACAGUGAAAAUGUGAAAUUAACCAUUCCAUUUUGUAGGCAAACUAAUUACAAAGAGUAGUCAAGUCAUCAUUACAACAAAUAAAUUGAAAAUUCUCAUAAUCUAUUUUACUUGCCCGCGUAUCGUACAUAUAUAAAUUUUUUACAGGGAAUUUUUUUGUGUAUAGAAUACUUCAGCUUAUGAUUUUGUUAUCCAAUAUAUUUAAGCUUAUUUGUUCACCAAAUCAUCUAUUUAAACUAUGUACAUCAUAUUCAACUAAA